AUGAGCAUCACUAGUGAAGAAUUGAACUAUCUCAUCUGGAGAUAUCUUCAAGAAUCGGGGAAGGAAGUUUCUGCACUAGCUUUACAAGAAGAAUCAAGAGUACUAGAGUUUGAAGAGAAAUUUGGCGAGCAUAUUCCUGUAGGAACACUGGUGAACUUCAUUCAAAAGGGUAUCCUAUAUACUGAAUCGGAGCUUAUGGUUCGAUAUGACGGAGAAGUUACUCCCGUUGAUAAGGAACACUGUUUAAAAGACUUCACGUUGGUGCAAGCCCUGGAAGUAGACAGAGAGAGGUAUCCAGAAAUAGCACCGGAAGGUAGAUUCGCCUUAGAGAGUGAAGUUAAACCAGAAGACAAAGAUGACAAAAGAACAGAGCCCGCGCCAUCAGCUACAGGAGAAAACUCAAAUUUUAUCAAGACUCUACAAGAAAAACUCAAAUUCCCGAUGAGCUCGAAUUCCCAGUGGAAUCCACAGGAAAACUCUUUGAUCGCUCUUGGCGGCCAGGAUUCUGCUGUGAAAAUUGCAAAAUUGGCUAUGGAUUCUCAAGAUUGGAAAAUUUUGGAAUUGUUUUCGUGUCAACAUCCUCCAGCUCUAAGUGCCACUGCAGACACUACUACAAAUUCAGUUACCUGUCUGCAAUGGUCCCCAUCAGGGCAAAGCUUGCUUUCAGGCGUCGAGAAUGGCGAGCUCAGGUUAUGGUCUAAAGAUGGCAAACUUCAGAAUAUCCUCAAUCUUCAUAGGUCCCCAAUUAUUACUUUGAAAUGGAACCAAGACGGCACGCAUAUUCUAUCUGGUGACCUUGACAACGUCGUGAUAGUCUGGAAUGCUGGCACAGGAACGCCGCUACAGCACUUUGAAAUAAAAGAACCAGACAGUGUAGAAACCUUGGGUGUGGUGGUAGAGUGGAUUGGCCUAGACAAGUUCGUGAUUCCUGGCCCACAGGGUGCUAUCCUCGUAUGCGAAAUGGGCAAGAACAGACCGCUAGGGAAAUUGAUCGGCCAUACAAAGACUCUGACUGAAUUUGAAUAUAACGCUAGUAAUAAUAUGCUUUUAAGCGCUUCGGAUGACUUGACCGUAAGAGUAUGGCGCAGUGGCAGUAUAAACUCGUUGAAUUGCUUCUACGGCCAUUCACAGAGUAUUACAAGUGCUUUUUGGAUCAAUGACGACAAUAUAAUAACCUCGUCAAUCGACGGCUCUGUGCGUGUUUAUUCACACAGUCUUCACACCCUCAUGGCACUUUCGAUGGUAGACGGCGUUCCCAUCUUUUGCGGCUCUAUAUCACCUGACAAGAAGAAAUUUGCAAUUGGUAAGCAGGAUGGAGGCGUGACUAUCUACGAUAUUGAGAAGCUAAUCAAGGUUCUGGACGCUGUACGCUCUCUCCAAGAACCAAUUCCCAUACCGAUAAUGGGAGACUAUCAGUAUGACGGGGAUCACAAUUCUGUCGCUGCGAUAUCUUGGUGUUAUGAUAGUAACCAGUUAUCUAUAUCAUACUCUUUAGAUGAUACAACUGCAAUUUCUUUGGGAUAA